AUGAAAGAACGCAGCGACGAUAAAUCAAAGGAUACGGUUUCUCAGGUUGAGGUGAAUCCUGUCCUCUCGACGGUUGUUUCGCUGGAUGGACGCGAGAUCGAGAUCCACCAAUUGGACGCGGACGUUGCUCUGCAAUACCAUCAGGACGCGAUGGACCUGGUGAUGGACCCAGAGUUUGAGCGCAAACUGGUGCGCAAGAUAGACUGGUGUCUCAUGCCGGUCAUUGCUGCGCUUAUGUCCUGCCAGCUGAUGGACAAAACAACCAACUCCUACGCUUCGAUCAUGAAUUUACAAAAGGACCUCAACAUGUCCGACAAGGAGUACAGCUGGGUCGGCAGCACGUUCUACUUUGGAUACCUUAUUUUCCAGUUUCCAGCAAACCUGCUGCUACAAAAACUUCCUCUCUCCAAAACCCUGGGAGCAGCAGUCAUGAUCUGGGGCGUCGUGCUGAUGUGCCAUGCGGCCUGCACUAACGCUGCUGGAUUUCUUGUCUGUCGAGUCGUCCUCGGAGUUUUCGAGGGUUUCAUGAACCCAGCGUAUGUUCUUCUCACCAGUCAAUGGUACCGGAAGAGCGAGCAGUUCAUGCGUGCCUGUGUCUGGUGGGGAUUUCAGGGUUUUGGUACUCUUCUGGGAGCAGGAAUUGCCUACGGUCUGUCGGUGCAUCGCUCAGGCAACUACUCCUUCGAUUCCUGGAGAAUGCUGUACAUCAUCACUGGUGUUAUCACUAUUGCUCUGGGCUUCCUUUCUUUCGUUCACGUUCCCGACUUGCCGGUUAAAGCAUGGUUUUUGAACGAGACAGAAAAGAAGUACUGUGUCGAAAGAGUCAAGGGAAAUCAGCAAGGAUUUGGAAGCCACAAGUUCAAGCGUCACCAAAUGCUCGAGGCGUUCCGGGACCCGGUGUUGUACUUGUUUUUCCUUUACGGAAUGUCGUAUGCCAUCCCCAACGGAGGCUUCACCAACUUCGGUUCCAUUCUCCUGAAAGGGGACUUUGGCUUUUCCACACAGAACGCGCUGCUAAUGGGAAUGCCCGGCGGAGCCAUUGAUAUCGUCUUCCCUAUCUCUGUGGCCUAUCUGACCUAUCGCUUUUUGAACAACAGCCGGCUCAUCUCGAGCAUUAUAGUUCAGAUAAUCACAAUUAUCGGGAUGUGCUGCCUCAACUUUUCAAGUCCCAAGGGAUCUCGCCUCUUUGGGUACCUGUCAUUCUACAUGGCAACAUCUGUCUCCGCUGGUAUGGUGUCCGUUCUCUCGUCGAAUGUUGCUGGAAGCACGAAAAAGGUCACCAUGAACACGACUUAUCUUGUUGGCUACUGCGUGGGCAACAUCAUAGGGCCACAGACGUUUAUCUCGUCUCAGAAGCCCGGCUACAUUGGGGCCAAGACGGCUAUGCUGGUCAGCUUCGCCGUGGGAUUGCUUUGUAUCGUGGCGCUGCUGCUGCUCUACACGCACAGAAACAGAGCACGUGACAAAAAGCGGGCGGCCCUUGGCGACAAGUACCAGGUCCCAGAUACCAUUGCUUUCGCCGACCUGACAGAUAUCGAGAACCCGGAGUUUAGAUAUUCUCUAUAG